AUGGCGCUUGAUUUUGCUGCGACUUACAAAGUUCUGGUCCUGGGUGACUCAAACGUAGGCAAGACGUGCAUCGUACACCGCUAUUGCGACGAACGCUAUUACGACGUGUAUAUCGCCACCAUUGGUCUGGACUUCAAACAGAAAAUCAUCAACUUAGACGGGACGCCGAUAAAACUGCAGAUAUGGGACACUGCGGGCCAGGAGCGGUUCCGUACUCUGACGACGGCCUACUACCGCGGCGCAAUGGGCAUCCUGCUCAUGUAUGACGUCACCAGCAUGGAGUCCUUCAACCACCUGUCGUACUGGCUGCGAAACAUACAGGAGAAUGCAUCCCCAGACGUGGUGAAAGUUCUCGCCGGCAACAAGUGCGACGCGGUGGCUGAGAGGGCGGUGGAUGCGGAACGUGGCCAGAAGAUUGCUGAAAACUUUGACAUGCCAUUUUUUGAAGUUUCAUGCAAACAGAACAUAAACAUCGAAGAAGCAUUCUUGACGUUAGCCAGGAGAAUACGAGAGCAGCGGGAGCGCAGGGCGAGCCUCUUUGACAGCAACGAGAAGUCCGAAGGCUCCAAAGUGGACCUGAGCAAGUCGAAACUGCCCGCCGGAGCCGAGUCUUGGCGCUGCGGCUGCUAGUCUGCCUGCUGCCCCACGCCCGUCCGCCCGGCUCUCCGGGAGUCGCAAUGCCGGGGGACGCGCACUUCACCUGCACCGGCGUCCUGCAGUCAUCUGGGCAGCUACUGUCUCUGGUGACUCCGCUGAUGUCACCGUUUCAGAAAAGUCAUUUUUGUUGUGUGUCCUUUUUUUUAACCUUUUGUAGUUCAUCUCACCGAAGGUUGGCGGUGGCAGAGCACCGCCGGCCCGAGAGGUGGCAGAGAUCUGCACAC